AUGGAAGGUUAUAAGGGUACUACUGAAAAACAGGAGAAAAUGGCUCUGACUAACCCCAUGCCCAUGGGCCCUUGGAAGUUUCGUGUUUCACAGAUCACCGUGUACGACCAGGAGCACUUCCAGGGCAGGCGUAUGGAGUUCACCGCCAACUGCCAGAACAUCAUGGAGUGUGGGAUGGAGAACAUCCGCUCCCUGAAGGUCGAGUGUGGCGCCUGGGUCGGCUACGAGCACUCCAGCUUCUGCGGCCAGCAGUUUGUGCUGGAGAAGGGAGACUACCCUCGCAUUGAGGCCUACAGUGGCAGUAACUCCUACCGCAUUGAGAGGAUGAUCUCCUUCAGGCCCAUCUGCAGUGCUAACCAUAAGGACUCCCGCAUGACCAUCUUCGAGUUGGAGAACCUGACAGGCCGUCAGUUCGAGCUGUCUGACGACUACCCCUCCCUGCAGGCCAUGGGCUGGAUGAACAAAGAGGUUGCAUCCAUGCACAUUCAGAGUGGAGCAUUCGUGUGCUACCAGUACCCUGGAUACCGUGGCCACCAGUACAUCCUGGAGAGUGACGUGCGUGGAGGCGAGUACAAGUGCUGCCGUGAGUUCGGCUCCCACGCCCAAACCUCCCAGAUCCAGUCCAUCAGGAGGAUCCAGCACUGAGAGGGAAGCGUGUCUUUUACUCUUCCUCAUCACCUCCUCAUCUUCCUUCUCCUCUCCCUCUACCUGAAAUUCCAUCCCUCGCUCCGUUCCUCCUCUCCCCCGACCUCCAUCCCUCCGGCUCCACUGGUCCGACAAGUCAGAGCCGGAUCCCAAGCUGGUCUUCAGGUGCUUACUGAUGUCAGUUGUUCACAGCGCUUUUUGUUUUUUAAAGAAACAUCACAAAAAGAAAGGAACAAUGUGAGAAAGACAGAAAAUCGGAAUGACAGAAAGAGGAAAUUGAACUA